UGAAGAAGGAGUCGGUUUAGACUUCGAAACGUUUAGCAGUUGUAAAUAAAUUUAUAAAAUAAAAUAAAAUUCUACGAUAAAAACGAAAUUAAAUUUAAAUGUGAUUUCCUUAUCAUAUUAUCAACAGAAUUAACACUACCUCGUAUCAAAUUUAUAUUACACAUUCUUGUAUUGUGGUCACAAAAAUACCACAAGUGUAUAAAGAAGAAUGUGCUGUUUUCGUAAGUAAUCUAUAAAGUGCAAUAAAGGUUUUAUUUUAUUUGUUCUCGAUUUGUUGUAGGGUCGAUUGGUGGCAUGGUGGGAAAAUUACCUUGUUUAGCUAGUGUUAGAUCAACAUUGUAUAGAACACGUUUGGAAAUAUUACCACUACUUCCAAAAUCAAUUGAACAAUUACAAAUACCAAAAUCCAUGGCUGUAAUAUUUAAUCAAGAAUAA